AUGGGUGAUAUUAGCGGUCGCGAGGUUUUACGAGCAGCGUUCAGCGAAAAAGAGUGGCGGCGAGUUCCCUCCGAAAUCGCACAAAAGCUAGAGACUUACAUCGGCAGCAAAUUCGAUGAACUGAUAACUAGCAAGGCGCUGCAGGAAACCAAGAGUUACAAUGCAGUUCAUAAUCUAGCUGAUUUGCAAGGCAAACAUGAAGCCCUCUGCCAGGAACAUGAAAAAAUAAACAAAAAGCUUGAUCAUGCUAAUAACACCAUCACAGAGUUGGAGAAUCAGUUGGCCAAUUCGGUGGCGGAUGUUGGUAAACUGCAAACUAAUUGCAAUAGGCUGGAGUCUGACCUGAAUGAGCUAAGAAGUCAGCGAAAUAAUCUGCUUACUGAAAAGGAGGAAGUCAGUAGAAUGGUUGAGCGCCGUACUUCCGAACUUGACAGAAUGCAAUGUGAGUUGAAGGCAUUGACAAAACAACUGGAAGAGUCAGUGUCAGCCAAGUGUGAUGCACUUAGUAAGAUCAAUGAGGUUGACUCCAUGAAGUUUGCCAUUGAAUACAAGGAAAAACAAAUGGAACAAGAGAAGGCUUUGAUGAAAAGUCAAAUCAUGAUGUUGACAAGGGACUUGGAAGCCAGAACCAAUGAAUUACUACUCAUGCGACGAGAUAACAGCUCACGCUGUGUACAACUAGACAUUAAAUUGUCAGAAAGGACUCAGGAAUUGGCCAAUGCAAAUGAAAACAUCAAGCAAUUGACUGAGAAGAAUACUACAUUGAAUUCCAAGACUGAGGAGCUUGUAGCCAAAAUGGGAUUGGAGAAGGAGAACUUCAUCAAGACACUGGAGGCCUAUCAAACUGAGGUCGAGGCGCAGAAGCAGAUUGCCGAGCUCUAUAAAAAUGUUAGCGAGCAGCAGACCAAACAUUCAAAUGAGCUCACCACAGCCAUGCACGAGUUAAGAGAAAAACUCGAUGAUGCGUUGGAGAAGUAUGGUGAUUUGGAGACCAAGUACAGGGAAGCUGAGUUGGCUCAUGAGGAAAUUCUCUCUAAGAAAACCGAAUACAUUACCAUGCUGAAGAGAGAACUUGAGACUGCUAACGAUUUGAUUACUAACCGACCCACCGACAUUCCAACUGAUGACGAUGAGAGUCUUCCGAAGAUGAAGAGCGGCAUGAGUUUCACCGAAAUUUACAGCCGUUAUGUACAGGUAACUGAACAAGUCGCACAAGAAAGGGCGGAGAACAAGCGACUACACCAGUACAUUCAAUCAAUUAUUCAAGAACUGGAACACAAGGGACCAUUGGUUGCAAAGCAGCGUGAGCAUUACGAGAAGGCGAUGGAUUCAAUUGAAGAUUUGACUAAACAGGUAGAAAGACUAUCGGCAGAAAAUCAACAAAUGAAGGAGGUCAGUUCGGAUCUUAGACGAUCUGCAGUGUCGUAUGAGCGUGAAAAUAUUCGUCUGAAACGGGAAGUAUCAGACUUGAGCCGACAAGUUUGUCAUCUUCUUAAGGAGGUCGAAAUGUCUCGUACCGGAUCGAGUAUUACGUCCAUGGACCACGAUCGCAGCGACAGUACCUGUUCCGCAGACAUAAUAACAAAGCGUUUGGUUACCUUCAGCGAUAUCAGCGAUCUGCAAUCGACCAAUGCGCGACUUUUGGCGCUGGUACGUGAACUUAGCACCAAACAGGAAGAAGCCGACGCGAUGGAUCCCGAGAUGAUCAUUGAGAUGAAGGAUAAGUUGGACAAGAUGCGCGAACAACACGCCUCCUUGCUCGAGGACCAAGAGAAACAAAACAGCAUGGUGAAAAUGCUAAUGGAACAACGGGACACAUACAAGGGGCUUUAUCAUCAAUUUUUAAAAGGAAACGGCGAUACUUUGAACGGUGAAAAAUCACCUACAUCCAAAAAUAAUGACGAUUCAGAUAUACAAUCCGAUGAGAAAUAUUUAGAAUUAGAACAAGCUGUUCAACAGAAGUCUAAAGACCUGACGCUUCUUAAGGAAGAGCUGGACACGUAUAAGGUCGAGAAGGCUAUCAAUGAAAAGAUGAUUUUAGAACAAUCCGAGAAGCUGCGUGCUGAGUUACAGGAGAUGAUGAGGCAAAAUACUAAAAUGGGCGCCAAAUGCGAAACUAAUGAUGAAAUGAUCAGGGUUCUGAAAAACAACGCUGACGUCUACAAGAGUCAAAUCGAGCGUUUGGAAGAUCGCAUCCGCAUAUAUAGCGAAUCGAUUGUAAAGCACGAGGCUUCGCAGCAGUUCUUGAAGGAUCAAGUAAUGGAAGCACAAACGAAACUCUCGAAGAUUGAAGGUCAAUUGGCUGGCGCGCAGAAAGAAAAUAUGCUUCUGCGCGAUUCUGAAAUGCGUAUCAAAUGCGAACGCGAUCAUUUGCUGCGCGAACAACAAUCAAACACUACAAUGUUCGCCAACAUUGAGCUUAUCAAAGCCACACUGGAACGAAACGAUGCAGAGAGCAAGAUGCGUUUGGAGGAUAUUCUCAAGGAAGCACACAGGGAAUGCGCUGCGCUGAGGCGUCGACUUCAAGAGGAACAAGACAGAUUCCGUGAAUUGGGCGAUAACCUGAAGAAGAAAACUGAAGCCGCGCAGAAACGCAUGGAGGAGGAGAAAUCUAUUGCAGAUACACUGCGCGAAGACUUGAAUCAAGCCCGCGAGAAUAUCUCUGUCAAGUCGCAGCAGUUGGAAGAAUUAUCGAAGAGACUUAAAAAUCCAAUUUUGGAUGAUUUAGAGGUGUCUGUGGAGAGGCGCAAGAUUCGGGAGUUAGAACAGAAUCUAUUUGAUGCACAAGCGAACAUCGAUGCUUUGACGCAAAAGCUGAAAAUCAGCAAGGAUGCCGUUGAACAGCAUCGCAAUGUGGCUGUAGCUGCCGAAACUCAGCUGAAGGAUUUAAGUCAGAAGUUUGUAAUGGACAAGAACACCUAUGAGAGUCAGAUUGCGGCAUUGCAGAAGAAGAUUGAAGAACUUGAGGAGAAAAAUGCCGAACUCCAAGGCGAGUUGUCAUUACAAUCAGAUGGUCAAGUUAAUGUUACAAGCAACUUGCACACUAGACUUAGCCAGCUGGAAGUUCAGAAUAAAGUUCUCAAUGAUGACCUUCUCACUACCAAGUCAACUCUCGAUGAUGCCAAGGAGCAUAUCAAACAAUUACAGGAUAAUGUUAAUUUAGCAGAGAAUAAGUACAUUCAGGAGAUGAAAUCGCGUUCGGAAGACUUGCAAACCCUUACGGCAAUCAAAGGUGAACGCGUUAAAUUGUUGGAUGAGUUGAAUGAAAUUAAAGCUAAUCGUGACCGAUUGCAAGAUUCUUUGGAUGAGUCUAGAAUUUCAUGGGAUAAUCAGGAAGCGAUCUACAAGAAAGCUAAAGAAGAGCUUGAAACGCGAUCCGAUGAACUGAAUAAACAGAAUUCGUUAUUACUCAAUCAGUUGGAAGCUCUCAACGAACAAAUGACUCUGCUUCACACCAAGAUAUCGGAUCCUAACCGAUCAUUCGGUGCUGAUUCUAGCAUGAACAAAUCGUUCAAUGAAGAUGAGAGUAAGUCUAGCGAUCAAUUGGUAACGGUUAUUAAGUAUUUGCGUCGCGAAAAAGAUCUCGCUAUAAACAAGUGCGAAAUUUUGGCGGCUGAACACAAUCGAAUUUGUGCCGAGCAAGAGUCUCUCAAGCGGCAGUACGAGGAUGCAAAGAAGGCACUUGAAAGUGAACGUCAAGACAGCGAAGUUGCCAUUGUCACUGCCGCUAGACACGCUGAAGUUUUGCGCAAGGUAGAAACGCUUAACGCACUCACAGACAGCAAUAGAAGCCUUCGUGCUGAACGUGAUACGCUCAUGGCUGAAUUAGAGGAGCUCAAGAAACGUACAUCAAUGCUUGAGGAGCAAUUGUCGCCAUUGCAGGAGAAGAAUAAUGAGUUACAAAAGAAAGCGGAGGCAAUGCAAACUGAAAACAUCACAUUGCGAAAUGAUGCGACAAGAUGGAGGCAACGCGCCAAUAUUUUACUCGAAAAGUCGAACCGCACUAGUCCUGAGGAUUGGAAAAAGUUGCAACAUGAACGCGAAACUCUCGCAAAACAACUUACAAUCGAGCGUGGUAACACUGCCAAAUUGACUGACGAAAAUGCCAAUCUUAGGGGCGACAAUAGCAGAUUUGCGGAACAAUUACGUCAAUUGUCCAUCCAAUUUGAAACCAGUCAUACUGAAACUAUGAAGUUGAACGAAGAGUUGACUCUUUUGCGCAAUCAAGUAACCGCUUUGAGCAAUGAUUUUGAUCAAGCGAAGGUAAAGAACAUCAGCAUUACCGAGGAGAAUAGGCGAUUGAAUGAAAAUAUAGCGAACAAAGAUACAGCAAUUAACGAUGUGAAGAACAGCAUGUCUCAGAUUCGAAAGAUUGCGAAGAAGUACAAGACUCAAGCGGAAGAUCUGCAAAAGGAAAUUGAAGUGCUCAAACAACAAGCCCAACAGAACGAGACCGGAAGCAAUGUUUCGGAUGAAAAGCGCGAAGAGAUAUUGCAGGAAGGGCGUAGUCAGAUUGAAUCGCGCAUUAGUCAACUGGAGCAAACUCAUACUGAACGUAUUAACGAGCUAAACGUGCAAGUACAUUCAUCGCAGGAAGAAUUUGAAAGGAACAGAAAAGAAAUCGAAUCGCUCAAUGAAAAGCUUUCGAGCAGCCAUGAAAAAGAGGAACGGUUUAAAGUGCUCUUUAAGAAUGCAAAGGACCGUAUAGUUGCUCUUACGGAGCAAAAUGCUUCCCUCAAAGCGCAAAUGGAAAAUCGCGAUGAUGGCGGAAGCUCCCAACAGGGUAGCAGUGGCGACAACCCCGAUUUGCAGAGGUGCUUAAAGGAGAAGGAACAGUUGAUGUCCGACAACCAACAAGAUAAAGAACGCCUCUUGCGUGAAAUUGAGACAUUGACUCAAAGAGUGAAUCAACUCCAACGCCAGCUGGGCUUGCAACAAGGUAGUAAACCGAGCACGAGUUCCGAAAAGGAAAAAUCCGUUACCGAGCCGCCAACCGCCAAUAUUAAGCCGAUGGCUGGUCAUUCUACCAACACCCAAACCCAAUCGGUACCGAUCCAGCCCUGGCGAAGCGUCAAUGAACCACCGCUGGCGAGCAUCCGUCCGAUGUCUCAGCAGCGUACGGCUGCCGUGCUGCCCACCAGCCAAAGCCCAAGCACGGUCAUGGUGCCACCGCAGCAGCAAGUUCACACUACGGGUAACAGCGGCAUUGAAGCAAUGUCGAGCAGCCCGACUUCAUCGCACACGGAUUAUGUUCCAGCUACGAGUUCCGCAAACCUUUUGGGACCGCGCCAAGUAGCCGUUCCGCCAACGCAAUCCAACCAAGACAACGAGGAUGAUGACAGUAAUAUGCAGGUGCAGCAGGUUCAACAACAGCAGGUAGUGGCGAUGGUACUGCCGCGGGUGGAACCUCCGUCCCCGGCGCAGGAACAAGGGACGAGCAGCAGUAGCUCUUCGAAUACUGUAACCACAACGCAAGCGGGACUCAAGCGUCCCAGGGAAACAGCCAGCAGUGAUGGUGGCGAAGAUAGCAAGACAAACCAACAACCAAAACGGACUCGAAUAGUGCAAGGGACCAGUAGCAGUGGAGCCGAAGGCAGCGUCAGCGAAAGUGGGCUAGAGGUAGAAUAUCAAGUUCCUACGAGUAGCCAACGUGAUCACGAGGAAGACGCUGUUAUUGUGGUGGAAAGCGACGAGGAAGGUCCAGAUGAAGGUGAAGGUGAGGACUACAACAUGCCCUACGAGGACGCCGAUCAGGACGACGAAGGCGGUAAUGAAGUUGAAGUAAUUGAAGAUUCGAGCGAAGUGCCAAAUCAGAGCGAGCGUGGUGAGACGGACAUGCAGCCCGAUGGUGAUGACGAGGAGGAGUGUGACGUUGCUGAGGAGCGUGUGGAGGAAGAGGAAGCGAUGAAUCCGGAAGCGACUAGCAGUGGCACGAACAUUUCUACAUCUGUGGCAGUGACCCUUCCAUCGUUUUCACGAACGCGCGUUGUACCCUUAGCGAGGCAGCAGGGAAAUCUUGUCGUCCUUCCCGUGUCUGGUGAAGUUGGUGAAGAUGAGAAAGCUAUGCAGCCGGAAGCAACAAGUAGCGGCACGAACGUUUCCACCUCAGUGGCAGUGACUUUGCCUUCAUUUUCACGGACCCGCGUCGCACCUCUUGCGAGGAGUCAGCAAGGAAAUUUAGUGCUUCCGGUGAUGGGUGAUGAGGGUGGUGAUGACGGUAUUGUUCCUUCGACUCCUACAUUGGCAACGGCGAGGAGAUGCGAUGGUUUCGGCGAGGCUGUUAGUUCACCGCACGUACCAAGUGGUAGGUUCACGUUUAUGGAAUCCACUGCACCUAACACUGCUUCAAAUGACGUUCUGCCCGAACAGACUCUUGAAAUGACACAUGCUGAUGAUAACAGUACUGGCAGAAGUGUACCGAACACACCUCUGCAAACAUCCCCGCAUGAAUCUGGCCCCAGCUCUGAAGAGCAACCAUCGCAUCAUCAAGUCGAAGGUACCAUACCAUCAAUAACGAUAAGCGGUGCUGAAGAUGAGGUUGAAGCUGCUGAGAGUGGCGAUUGUAUGGGCCCACCGUCAGUUGCCGGCACUUCGACAGAUGGUAGCCAACACACAGAGCACCAAUCCGAAGAGAUACAAGAAGGAGAAGAUGGCGUGAGUUCUGAAGGUGAGAAAGCAGCUAGCACGGAAGAAGGCGAAGAAGAGGGCCGUGAGGCCGAAGCUUCUCCCAGCACAAACACGCGUUCCCGACACCAGAGAGGACCUGCACAGGCAGCUCGCCGCGGCGUGCGCGGGCAGCAUGUGCGUGGAGUAGCUCGUCCUGGACCACAGCCCAUUGUUUGGGUAGACCCUCACAGUGAGAUGCAGCGCCAAGGAAACAUGAUGAGUCAGCAAAUGCAUCGGGGUAGAGGAGCCAAUAUAAUGAACUUUUCUCCACGAACAGCGCGACGUAGCAGAGGUCGUCAGCAGCGUGGUAACUAUACGGGGCGUUAUUAAUCAUUCCAAUAUUUCAAUCCUUCAUUAUUUCAUCAAAACAAUAUGUUCGUUGGUUUCGUUUAUUGUAUAGAUUCAUUUCAAGUUUGCGUACAUGUUUCAUUUCUAUGAUUGGAAGAUGAAAAUCACAUCAGUAAUACUGAUCUGUAUUCAUUAGCAUGUAAGUUGCUGUUUAUAUAAUAGAUAUUACAGUUUUCGGCAUAAACCUUCAUUGCUUAUUUUUAUUGUGAUGGUUUUGAUAUGAAACUUUUAAAUUAAAAAAUACACAGAUUUUUGGAGUAAUGCUGAA